CACAGUAGCACGACAUUCACAGUUCUUAUUGUGCCACUCGUCGAACAUUGUCGCGGCCAUACCUUUCCCUAACACGAUAAUUGGUGAAGAGAAAGUGCCCGGCCCGCCUGUCAAAGUAGGCUAACCGGAUCAGCAAAUCUGGUUCCCUGCACCCUCCACAGAUGCACAGACACAGAGGUCACUCUCAAGUUGAAUCUGCUGAGAAAGUCUAAAACUUAGUUCAUUUUGUUCUGAGAAUCAAAAUUUUUGUCACUAUUUGUGUUAUUUAAACUGAAACAACAUGGUCCAGACAAGAUCUUCAACUCGAGUCUUGAAUGAUGAUAUACUUCUUUUGAAUGGGGCUUCUAUUACAACAAUCAAGAAAACAAUCCCAGCUGAUUUCCUUGAAAAGAGUGAGAAAUCAUUGCUGAUGGAGGAAAAAAAACCUUCAACUGGAAAGGGCCUCACAAAGAGGUCCGUUUCUGCUAACAAUCAUAAUUGUAAUGAAAUUGUGAAUGGGAACUCCAAAGUAAAUGAAGCCUUAAGCAAGAAUGGUGGAGACAAAGAGAAAGAUCAAACUGAAAAAACUCAUCCAAUGGUGUAUGUUGUGUUUUUCUCCCUUCUCUUGGAUCUUUUAGCAUUUACAAUGAUCUUACCUCUUUUCCCCUCAUUGCUUGACCACUACCAUAAAAAUGAUGGGCCAGAUGGUCUUUACCAAGGGAUUCUUAGAAUUGUCAAGUACUUCCAAACUUUUGUUGGUGCUCCUGACCAGUUUAACUCUGUCCUCUUUGGUGGUUUUCUUGGAUCAAUGUUCAGCUAUUUGCAGUUUGUUGCCUCCCCUGUUGUCGGAGGUUUGUCUGACGUCUAUGGGCGUAGAAGAGUGCUUCUCACGUGUUUGGUUGGUAUUGCCUUUUCAUAUGCAUUAUGGGCAGUGUCUCAUAGCUUCAUCCUCUUUGUCAUGGCUCGUUUCAUUGGAGGACUAAGUAAGGGAAAUGUAUCUCUCUCAAUGUCUAUCAUGGCAGAUGUGUCAAGCAACAAAGCUCGUGGGGUAGGAAUGGCCCUUGUAGGUAUUGCUUUCUCAAUUGGGUUCAUCGUUGGACCUGUUAUUGGAGCUCUAUUUGCUAAAUGGGCUCAAGCGCAAACAGGAGCUUGGUUUGUGUGGCCUGCUACUUUUGCUCUCUCUUUAGCAAUUGCAGAUAUUCUCUUUGUUACUGCUUGUUUUAAGGAAACUUUGCCAAAGGAGAAACGUGCUAAAUCUGUAGCAAAUAGUUUGUCCCAAGCUGCCUCCUAUAUUUAUGUUUUGGAUCUGUUUCGGUUUACUGCAGUGAAAGACCUUCCCAGCUCUGAUCUGAAGGAACUCCAGCGUCUUGGAGUGGUGUAUUUCAUGUACUUAUUCCUCUACUCUGGUUUAGAGUUCACUUUAACUUUCCUCACUCACCACAAAUUUUCAUACACAAAAAUGCAGCAGGGUUGGAUGUUUUUUGCCAUUGGUUUAACUAUGGCUGUUCUUCAAGGAUCAUUUGUGAGGCGUGUACCACCAUCACGAACAAAGUCUACAGCAGUCCUUGGUCUGCUUUUGAUAAUACCUUCUUUCAUCUGUGUUGGCUUAGCUUCUACUCCAGUCCUUCUUUAUGUUGGAUUAUUCCUGUUUGCUGUUUCUACAGCAAUGGUUGUUCCCUGCAUGACCACUCUGGUAUCAAGACUUGGUGCAGACCAUCAAAAAGGAACAGUUAUGGGCAUUUUUCGAUCACUUGGGGCACUAGCUCGAGCUUCUGGGCCCAUUGUGGCUUCUGUCGCAUAUUGGAGUGUUGGGUCUUCUACAACUUACUUGGUGGGAGGAAUUCUUUUGGUUGUGCCAUGGAUUAUGCUUAAGAGAAGCAUUCUUGAGUGAAGGAGUUUAUUCCAAACCUUUUCAGUUUUCAAUAUGGUAUAUACGUACAUCAAACAAAAUAUGUAGUGUUAGAUAUUGUGGCCACUUGUACUUGUAUCCAUAAGUGUUAUUUUAUUCAGCUUUAUUGUUACUAUUCUGUUCCAAUUCCUGCAUUUAUGUAUUAUACCCAGCUUCAUAAACAGUACAUACACUGAUGCUAUCUUUUCAAAUAGGUAGAGAGUUUAUAUUUGUAUUGCCUAGACAAAUUUGUAAAAGACUCAAUUUGGGGGACUUUACCCUAUUUUUAUAUCAUUAGCUUCUGACUGGUACCUGAUGGUUACUUUUUUGUGUCUUGAGCCCUUUACUAAGAUUUUAUGGAAGAUUGUUUUGACGAGGACUUUUACGUUCUUUCCUCUUUCUGUUGAAUCAUAUUUGACUCUCAUAUUUGUAAGCUAGAAUUUUUAGUAUUCAUAUGACCUUGCUUGUGGUAUGGUUAAAAAUCCCUAUCAAUAUCUUUGUACAUAUGGUAUUAGAGUUUUUGAUGACCGAGGCAGUAUCAAAAACCCUACAAAGGUACAUUCCCAUUUAAAUAAUGAGGCACUUUGCUAUCCGUCCAUUUAAAAUGCAAAUCGCCCAUAUUGUUAUUUGCUCUUGAGAAAUGGGUGGUACCAUUGUGAUAAGUAGAGGGAAAUAGACUGUCCUGUGAUUUUUGUAUUGUUAGACUUUUAUACUAAUACUCUGCUUUUGCUGCAAAACCAAAUAUCAUUUUAAAAUUUUCCGAUACCAUUGGUAUUUAGCUAAGAAUUUUCAAAAAAGUCCAUGUGGACUGUCUGUGUCAAAAUUUCUUUGCUCUUAGAUAGUCUCGGAGCUUCAAUUUCCAAAACUCAUAAAACAUACUAUGACCUUCCCUUUUUUUAAAUUGGAACUUUUGUAUCGUGCCAUUAUUUCAACAUUGAUGCAACCCACACAAUGAAAUUUUCUAUCUAUCUUAAUUUAUUGUUUUUUGAAGAAUCCUUUUAUUUGAUUUUGUUCUUACACAGAUAUAAGUUGUAUCCUUUGUUAAAUUUCUCGUACCCUUUGCAUUCUUACUAUGAAUUCUUAAAUUUAAGACUGUGGGCUUGUAUAAAUUAAAGAGGAUGCAGCAUAUACUUGUGUGAGUUAUAUUACAUACAUUCUAUAUUUUAUAUUUAUUUAUAGUGGCAAUUUUACAUUUGUGUAUGGAGAUUUAAUGAACAUAUUGCAUUAGUGGCAAACUAACUUGUCUUCAGUAAUAAACAAAUUAUGUAUAACACA